UCACUUUUCCCCAAAUCUUGAUGCUCCGAUGUAAAAAAUGUCGGAGGCGGAGACGGGCGAGUGUGUAAGGGAUGUUUCGGUGAGUUUAGGCGAGUCCCAGCAGGUUUACUCCGGGCUGCUGACCCUCGCCACGGCGUGCGGAGGACUGAGUGGAAUAUUAGCUGCUGUCCUUUUCUACGUCUUCUGCCUGAAGUCUCUCAUUCUGACGCGACAAGGUCUCAAUGCCAGGAGGCUCCUGGAGCCCGAGGAUGGAGACGUGGAAAACAUGACCAGCCAUCGUGGCAGCAACAACAGAAAGGAAACCGCCACGACGAAUGACAAAAGAAAGCAGGUACCUGUAAGUAGUGACGUGGCAGCAUUUGCGUCCAAAGCAAAAGUGGUGUACCCCAUCAACCAAAAAUACAGACCUUUAGCAGACGGCGCCUCCAACCCUUCACUACAUGAGUGCUCCAAGUUAGCAACAACGCCAAAGGAGGACUCGCCCUCAUCCUCCACAGACGAAGAGUCCCUGAGCCAAGAACUGGACAAUGACGACAGCAGCCAGUUCAUCUCCUCCUCAUCGGUACCCAAGAGCCUACAGAACCAGAGCUUCGUCAGGGUGUCCCACUACCCCGACACUCUGACGCAAACAGGGUUCGAAGCUCGGAUUAACCUCCACUGUUUGGCCCUGCAAGAUGUGCAACAGCUUCACUCUCAACUUCAAGAGGAAAAAUAUAUUAUAUACCUUCAAAUGGUGAAAAAGAUAUUUUGCAGCCGUUUUCCAAAAGACAAAAAUGACGCAGAUUUCUCCAAGCAAAUUCUUCAAAUGCAGCAAAAGGAAGUGGAGGAGUUGAGGAAACAGCGGCCACGCGGCCGUGCCCCAAGUGAUGACAAUGCCGACGCUCCUUGUACUUUGGAGGAAAUAGAGAGAGCCCAAAAAGAUUUUCUGGAACGCAACCUUCAAAUGUCCAAAGAUUUGACCAAGUGUGUUGAAGAGCUCUGUCAGCAUGUGAUGAAGAAGACCAGCAGCUUCACGGUGAAUGAAGCCCGUGACGCGACUGCCUCUCUCAGCGAUGCUCUUCUGUCGCUGGAGAAUCAUCUCAUGAAAGUACAAGAGGGAGAACUCAAGCGGAUCCACCAGAAGUUGUCGUGGUGGGAGGAGCUUACGGGGCUCCUCCAAUCCCAGCCGGCCUUGCUACAACAGGAAGUGUUUCUGAGGCAGGGUUUGGCGGCGACAACAUUGGAGCAGAUGACCAGCGAGGACGUUUUGACCUUCAGUAGCAUGGAGGCGGUACUCUCAGAGGUGCAGCACGCACUUUCAGAGGGCCUUCAACAGUGCAGAGAGGAUUACGCAAGCAAAACAAAAGAAUUGGUGAGGGAAAAGUGCAGCAAAAUGGAGGCCAAGCGAAAGAAGCUUUGCAGAAACCAAGCCAAGGAGAGGAGUCACGCACUGGAGCUGAGACAGACUCAGAGUGACCCACAGCAGCUGUCAAAGGAGUACCAGGAGCUCUUGUUAAAACAAAGGCAGAAGCUUUGUGACUUGGAGCUGCAGCAGGACGAGCGUAUGGCCGACAACCUCUGUAACCUUUGGACUAAACUGCGCUGCAGCUGGUCAAAGAGGCUCGGCGAGAAAGCCAAGGACAUCUUUUGCACAUCUCUUCUUGCUCAGUCCCAAGGGUCUGCCCAACACUGUCAGACGCUGUGGCUGGAUGUGGAGCAUCAGCUAACAGCACAGAAGGAGCAGUUGGAGAGAACCACCAAAUCGCAACUGGAUCAAAUGCAGGCUCAGCUGGAUCAGGAGCGACAGGUAUGGACUGAAUCAAUGGCUCUCAUGCAUGCCAGCCUCAAACGUCUGAGUAACCAGCAGAUGAAGAUUCUACGGACCAUGGUGGUCAGACAGAGCUACACACUUAAAAGCCAAGUGGGGACGCUGCUGGAGAAAAAACACGAGCACCUGCUGGUGUCCGUGCAGCGCCACUUCAUAGCCCGACACUUCUGCCUGCAAGUGCUCAAAGAGAUGAGGCUGGCCAAGCUGAAGGUUCUCUCUCGGACUGACUUUGGAGCUCUGCUGACGCAGGACCCUGCCACGGUCCAGUCCACUCUCAAGAGCAGCAGUGUGAGCCUAGCAGAGAGGCAUCUGGGCCCUGAGAGCCAACUGGUGACCCACAGUUUCCAGCAAGAGUUUUUGUCAGAGCUAGAAACUGGGACUGAGCUUCUUCAGAACCACGCACAGCUGCUGCUAGGCAACGCCCUGAGCCACGCCAUCCUAGAGCAGAUGGACGGCCAGGCCUCAGACUCACAAAGCAGCUCCAGAAAGGGUGACGGCUUGAAGCACCAUCUCAUGGAGGCCGCAUCUGAAAGUGUGUACCUGACCAGAGAUUCUCUUGCCGCCCUCGUCCAGAGCUAUUAUUCUCGCAUGCAGGAUAUUGCCAAGAAACUGCAUACACAGCAGCCCAACAGAAACCUUGACUCGGCUGAGCAGAACUCCAGCAGCAGUCUGCUGAGAGAGCUGGAGAACUGGGCAAGGAAACCCACCUCUGCUAAGUUCCAACAGAGAGUGGAGCUCCACAAAAGGAAGGUGUUAGAGCAGUGUGAUCUGAAAGCGGAGAUGGUGUGCCAGGAACUGAGACGGAGAAAAGUAGCCCAGGAUCAAAGCUUAGAAUGGACCAAUGGACAGCUCCAGGAGGCAGAAACAAGCUUCAUAAGUGAGCUGGCUGCCUUGGCUCGGGUUUCUCUCCACAGUCCAGACUCAGACUCAGAACCAGAACCCAGCCAUGAAGACCACAUGACAGGUAAUCACACCUUCCAUAUAAGUACUCAUGCUGGUUCUAGUAACCUCAUCAUUUCAACAGGGGAGGGCAAUACCUCGCUCAUGGACCUUCUUGCCAGGAACCCAGCCCUAGAUCCAGCCUUGAAUCCAUCGCUGACUCCAACGGUCGUCGCCCCGCUCGUCAAACCAGCAAACAAGAAGGAAAAAGAGCGCAAGUCUCAUCUCAGUUGACACCAGAUUUGCAGCAAUAGUUUUGUCACUUUAAUCUUACUGUAAAUGCUCCAAAGACCACCGAGUCUCCUACAGUCCACAGGCACGUGUUCUACAAAAAACAUUAACCAUCUCUCAAGGACUCUAAUCAACACAGGACAUUCUUACAACAAAGUUCAAAAUCUUAGUGAUGUAUCAGAUUGUAGGUGGGUUUUUUUUACCCUUCGCGUUCAUAUUUCGCUGUGUUUGUUGCGUUUCGCUUGAUUGUAAAAUAUGUCGAAGGAGGGGGGUGACGUACAUAUGUUGUCAAUAUUCAAUGUUUUAUCCUUAAUAGUUGUCAGGUUCAAACACUGAUGACAUCUAUUAAACAAGACAAGAGGCAAAGAAUUACCGUAUUUUCCGCACUAUUAGCCGCACCUAAAAACCACAAAUUUACUCAAAAGCUGACAGUGCGGCUUUUAACCCGGUGCGCUUUAUAUAUGGAUUAAUAUUACGAUUCAUUUUCAUAAAGUUUCGAUCUCGCAACUUCGGUAAACAGCCGCCAUCUUUUUUCCCGGUAGAACAGGAAGCGCUUCUUCUUCUACGCAAGCAACCGCCAAGGUAAGCACCCGCCCCCAUAGAACAGGAAGCGCUUCUUCUUCUACUGUAAGCAACCACCCGCCCGCGUAGAAGAAGAAAAAGCGCGCGGAUAUACCGUACGUUUCAUUUCCUUUGUGUGUUUACAUCUG